AUGUGUCCAUUUAAGUGGCUGUCAGCCCGACCAGAUGAUGCCAAUCGCUCGCACUACAGAUGGCAGGUCACCAGAUGGUGUAUUACCGAAGAUCGGAUUGCUUGCGUCUGCUCGUUAGAACUGACACUUGAAUCUGUAGCAUUCCUGAAGUGCUACUUGCAUACAGACGCCUGCUGGCUGACCCAGCUACUGGUCGUCGACGAGCUACUUGUCUACCCGCGACUAGACCCCACGUGUCAGUAUCACAAGAUCGGCACUGUAGUGUUGUUAUUGCACGACGUCACGGACAUACAGCUAGAGUUUACCAAGGUGAACAUCUAUCUGAAGCACAGAGGCAAGAAUACGUACUCGAUACACCAACAGAUGUCGAACUUGGGAUUCUUCUUAUUCGCAUCUGCGUGGCUGGUGUUCAGGCUGUACUGGUAUCCACUGAAGGUUCUCUACAGUACCGGCUAUGGAGCAAUGAAGUAUGCUCCAGUCGAGAAGAAACCAUUCUUCGUCUUCUUAAACGUCAUGCUAUGGAUUCUGCAGCUGCUGAAUAUUUACUGGUUCUCGUUCGUCCUGCAUUUUCUCUAUAAGCUGGCCACAGGUCAGAUGACCGAGGUGGACGACACACGUGAGUACGAGGCUGGGAAGAAACAUUGCCAGGAGCUGAAUGGCAACGUCACGAAUAAAGGAGCCGAGUAUUCCGUGAAGGCCGACCAGAAUGGUGUGUUACACAAUGGUCUAACGCACCAGCAGCUACACAAACUUGACUAGUAUGCUGGGUGAGGCACACAGACACGCACGCACGCACACAUUAGUUUCGAGUAGUAUCAUUAGUUUUUAUAAGCGUUCAUCAAUGCUCUGCUCAUGGAGGAAAAGGGUGCUGAUCAGAUGAACGACUGAAGCGGAAGCAAGCUGCUAGCGGUUGGUUAGUUUCCUUCACUCGUCGCGUGCAUCCGUUGAACAGUACUACUGUCGUGUUUUAAGCAACCCUCCGCUACUCGCCACAACCCGUCAAGAAACAACUUAUUUUUUUAAAUAUUUCAAUUUGAACCUGUAUUCUCAGGUAAAUUAUUUGUACAUUAGUUUAAAUUGAAGAUGAUUAAAUCUUUGGUUGUACUCUCUACUCUAGUGAAACGUAGUUAUCGUGUAAACGAUUAUGUAUGUGAAAUGAAAAGGACAAAACGGCCUAAUGGCGAAAUAUAUUAAUAUAUUGAUGUGAAUAUAUUGAUCGAUCAGUGUUUAAAUAUGGAGGCUCCUGCAUUAUUUUUAACCGUUUGAUUGAUAAUGUAUUGCGAACUAUUUUCUUAAUUGCUAUAACUGGUUAUGUAGAGUAGAAUCUAAUCUAAUUAUUCGUACUGACUUGAGCUGGACACGACUGGAGAUGAAUUUCUGCAAGCUAAUGUUUUAUUCAUCAUUUCAUGUUCAAUGGAUGAUCAAGCCAACAUGCCAAGAACCAAUGUUUUUGAAAAAAAUACACAACAUUGUACCAUGAUCUUUUAAUUAUACAUACAGAUUCUCGGUAUGAAUCUCUUUAUAGGUUCAAAUAAUUAAAUAAUCAGGAGUACUAUAUCCCCGUCUCUUACCGUGUACAGGAUAUAUUUUCGCCUCCCUUAUCUCUCCUCUUUCCCCCAUCUCUCUCCCUCUGUCGAUUUCCUUCUGCGUGCAUGUAUAAUAACCGUGCAUUUAAUUAUGAAUGGAAUUUUGGAGAAGUGAAAAAGUAGAAAAUAUGUAUACUUUCUAUAAAAAUCAACAAUUUAUAUGUGAACCUAAUAGGUGCUAUAGUUUUCUAGUGAGUUGCGCUACUUUUCAAGAUUUUUACGAUAAAUACGAGAUUUUUGUAAACAACUUGUGUAUUUCUCUAAGCUGGUAAACUGAAGAAUAAUGCUAUUUAGUAUUCAAGUAAUACGUAAGUACGGUGCGAGGGCAUCAUGGGACGAAUCGUCAUUAUGACGGUGGAUUCCUGGAAUGCACAUGUGUGUUCUGCUGUUUUCAAUGCUUCCACAAUUUCUGUAGAAUAGUCUCUGCUUAUUCGUAUAUACAGGGCAGAAUAUGUACUAGCAAGCUGUCCCCUAAUGCACACAGGUUUAUACAUGGAUAUAGCGUGCAGUGGUAGUAUUAUCAGGAGUGGAUAAUAAUAUAUAUAUAAUUAUAAUAUAAUUAUAAUUAUAAUAAUAUAAUUAUAAUUAUGAUAAUAAUAUUAUUAUUCACUACGGGUAUUAUCAUAACACAGUGGUCCCCGUGUUAUUGGGCUCCGGGCCUCAGGUACACAAGUGCGUUCCUUGAACCACGUGUCUAUGCACGUUGUGAUGCAACCGCUUAAUCGGAACGUUUGAAUGGCGGGGGCCGCUGUAUAAUAUUGUAUUACAAUCACCUCGCACCAAGCCAGCUUUAAGAUGGGUUGUGAUCAUUAAUUGCCAAAACGCUAUCACCUAUUGCGUAUAACUGAGCAUAGCUUGUGUUAUUUUUUGUCAUCGUAAUUUUUUCAUUGAUAUAUUUGAGUUUCGUAUAAUGUAAAGUAGAAUGCAAGGGGACAAAAUUUGUCAAUUUUAACAUAUUUCGAUUAUUGAUUACAUCCAUGUAUGGAUACUUUUGUAAGAAAAUCGCUUUUUCUAUCUGCAGAACACGAGCACGUUCGCUGAAUUGCAGCAUUAUAUCAGAAGUAGAUAAUAGGGAACUAUUAUCUACUUCUGAUUAUAUUGAAAUAUACAGCGCAGAAAUAUGAACUAGUCAAACCAUGAAAUUGCAUGCUUUAUACACCAUGAACGCAUUUAAAUAUGCAAAGGUUUCGAAUCACAAUUGCUAUUAUAUCGUAUGCUACGUAAAUCGAUGAUGAUUUGAUCAUUGCCAGAAAGUCCUGCACAGGCUAACAGGUGCCGCCACUUUCCCAUUCGUACUCGUAUCUGAUUAUGCACUUUUAUAGGGAAAUUCGCUAGGCUGGCAACGUAAUAUUUUUGUAUGGCGACAACAGGAGACUGAAAUACACGUCACAACGAAAGUGACAGACAGAAUUGCAGUUAUGUUGAGAGAUGUUACUGUCUCUCUCUGAACUCUCUCUCUCGCCUGUACCAAUAAAAUAUUAUGCCGUCGACUUUGUUUCAAUGAAAAUCGCCCUAUUAUGCCAGUAAAUGGAUUGUAACGAGGUUCCUUUGAAGUUAUAAAUCGAAUAAAUACAUAUCCUAGACUAUUUC